AUGGAGGUGACUAAAUUUGCUGGUGAUCCGAAGGAAUAUUGGAGAUUUUCCACCCGUUUUAAAGAUCAAGUUCUGUCGCAGCCGAUCGGCGAAAGUAAAAAACUUAGUCGCUUGAUGCAGUACUUAGACGGGAAGGCGAAAGAAGCCGUAGAAGAUUGCGAAGGCAUGGGUGACGGCGCGUUACAAGAAGCUUUAAAUGUUAUCGAGACUCGCUUUGGACAACCCUACAUGAUUGUCGAUGCAUCCAUUGGGUCACUUGUGAAAGGUCGAACAUCAAUAGUGGAGAUGGAAAAGGUCUACAGAAAUUAG